CUCGUCGAGUUGCAAUCAAUACGACUUUGUCAAUUCAAUUCAUUUUUGUAAUUUUGCCAGCGUGUAUUAUUGAAUAUCCAAUUUUUGAAAUUUAUAUCGUAAGAUCCACUGGAAACAUGGCAAAACGACAAAAUUGCGCAGUGCGUCAAGCUCUGCAAAAUCCACUGAUUCUUCAACAAAUAUUUAAAAACGGAUCUGUUUCCGGAAAAAAAGUACGGCUCGUUUGCCACUUAUGGAAUGAAAUCGUCCUCUCCCAUCCGCAGCCCAAGUUAACGCUUUUUCUUCACACCGAUCCAUCGAGAGGAGACUCAUCUUCAGAGGAUGAAUAUGAUGACGACGGUCGUUUGAAAGGUCCCUGCUCCUUCAACCCACUUCAAUUAUUCUGUGUCAAAAUGGAACCACGACUUGCAAGAUGUAUAAAGGAAUAUCAGUGUAUAUCAAAAGGUCAGGUUGCCCCAUGGCAGAAAUUGUGUGCCAUCGAGUCCAGAGUAAUCCACGUUACGAACAAGUUCAAUCUAUUCUUGGAGCACGUGACGAUAAACUUUUACAGUGAACACUUAAUCCCAACAUUGUACGAAAUAUUGAAAACCUGCUGCCCAAAUUUGAAAAGACUGGAAAUCUGCUUCGAAUUCACGGGGUUCGGACAUUCCCUUGAUGACAACAGUUACGGCACCUCACCUCUAUGUAUCCGACCCAUGUUGACCUUUAUCAAAAUAUUGGACCUUACAGUGCACACAGGGUUUUUCAAGAUGACACAGCUGGUUCUGAAUUCUGCCCCAAACUUGACUCAUUUCACUUACCAUGGCGAUAAAUUUCCAGAUUUAAGCAGGAAUGUGUCCAUUAAGAUGAUCACUUUCGGCUGGAGGUCAACAAGACUCCUCCGUUGCAAUGGAUUAAAGAAGAUGUUGGACCAAGUAAAAGAUCAGCUGGAAUUCUUGCACGUUAAGAGCAAUGGUACCGGCAGUACGGUCCUAAUCGAUGUCCGGCUCCCUAAAAUGAAGAGGCUUAAAGAGUUUAGAAAUGAAGUACUCGAUUGCUUUAGUUGUGGGGAUCAACUGCAGGAUAUUUACACGGAAAGGAUGCCAUGUUUGGAAAGAUUGCUCAUCUUUACAAUUGAGCAAAAUUUAACAGAAUUACUGCGAACAAUUAGUCGGCAGAGUAGGAUUUUAUUUAGUGGAGUGAAACACCUCCACGUGCCCCGUAUCGAUGACCCCGAAGUAAUUGUUGGAUUAAAGAUGUCAUUCCCAAAGUUGGAAAGUUUAACAAUUGACCAAAGAAAUUUAGAGCCGCAGAUUAUCGAAUUGGGGUCCAAUCUACGAGCAUGUACCUCGCUUGGAUUAAAAUACUUGAAGCUAUUUCUUUUAGAUCCUUGUGACAAGUUGUCUGAAGUUAUUCGGGAUCUUUCAACUUUGAAGGAAUUAUUUCCAAGUCUGAAAACCUUAGAAAUAGAAUUCCACAGUUACAAGAAACGGGUAACGGAUGACCUGGAUCUUAUCGUGGACGGGACGGAGAAGAUGAAACAAUGGUUUUUGGCAAUGAAAGGAUUGGAGAAUGUAACUAUUUGAGGAAUUCAGAUUAAGCAAGAAAGACGGAAAUGGGUGCAGUUUUUCAUUCAGGAGAACAGGAUUCCAAUUGUGUUGGAGUAAUAAGAAUAAGAUGAAUUGUUUUCAGCACUCUUUUAUGAAUUUAUGUUUAUGUAGCUUUAGUUAUAUUUAGUUAGAUAUAUAGCUGUUUAUAGUAUAUGUCAAUUGUGGAAGAGCAUAGCUUGUUCCUGUGAACUUGUUAGACACUUGAAUAAAUCAUCAAUCAAUCAAUCAAAGUA